AUGGCGGGCGUUGCUACCAAUUCCCGCGAUUUUAUUGUUGCAACAAAAUAUAAACUAAUUCGUAAAAUAGGUUCUGGCUCAUUUGGUGACAUAUAUCUGGCUAUAAAUAUCACAAAUGGUGAAGAAGUUGCUGUUAAAAUGGAGUCCAGCAAGGCACGCCAUCCACAGCUGCUUUAUGAGAGCAAGGUAUACAAAAUUCUGCAGGGUGGAGUUGGUAUACCGCACAUACGAUGGUAUGGUACGGAACGCGAAUACAAUGUCUUGGUGAUGGACUUAUUAGGUCCUUCAUUAGAGGAUCUAUUCAAUUUUUGCAGUCGUCGUUUUACAAUGAAGACCGUGCUAAUGCUAGCAGAUCAAAUGAUUGGACGCAUUGAAUAUGUUCACGUUAAAAAUUUUAUUCAUAGAGACAUCAAGCCUGAUAAUUUUAUGAUGGGUAUAGGACGACACUGCAAUAAAUUAUUUUUAAUUGAUUUCGGUUUGGCUAAAAAAUAUCGUGACUCACGUACGCGAGCUCACAUCCCGUAUCGGGAAGAUAAGAAUUUGACGGGAACAGCUCGAUAUGCAUCAAUCAACGCACAUCUGGGUAUUGAGCAGUCACGACGAGAUGAUAUGGAAUCACUCGGAUAUGUUUUAAUGUACUUCAACAAGGGAACACUUCCAUGGCAAGGUCUAAAAGCUGCAACAAAGAAACAAAAAUAUGAGAAAAUCAGCGAAAAGAAAAUGUCCACACCUGUUGAGGUGUUGUGCAAAGGAUUUCCGGCAGAAUUUGCUAUGUAUUUAAAUUACACUCGCGGUCUGCGAUUCGAUGAAGCACCCGAUUACAUGUAUUUGCGGCAGUUGUUUCGUAUUCUGUUUAGAACUUUGAAUCAUCAGUAUGAUUAUACAUUUGAUUGGACAAUGCUGAAACAGAAAGCGGCACAGCAUACAGCGGCAGCACUUGCUUUGGCUGGUUCGGGACAAGGUGGUGCGCAAUCGGGCACUGCUCCAGGUGUAUGA